GGGACGCUCAUUUGGACGGCGCGGGCAGAGUGCCCGCCGUGCACCUGCAAGCCCUCGCUGGUGUGCGGCGCGGGCCAGGAGGCCCGGCGGCUGGAUUGCCCGGCGCCGGCGGGGGCCUGGCCGUUGUCGGCCGUGCUGCUGGCCCUGGUCUGUGGACUCGGGGCAGGCGCGGCCUUGGGGCGGCUGCUCGUGCCGCCAGCGCCGACCCAGACGGCUAGCCGAUUCGAGAGAGCCAGUGACUCGAUGUCCGCGGCGGCCGCGGCCGCCGCAGGGCAUCCCUUCGCCACCCUCGGGCUUGACGAGGGCGACUUCAUGCUGAUCAGGUACCAGGUGGGAGGAGCGCGAAUCUGGCACGAGCGCCUCCUCCUGGCUUUCAAGGCCACUCCCCCCUUUGGCACGGGCAUCUUGACGCCCGACGAUCACGGUUACGACGAGGCCAUCACCACCGGCAUCAUUGACGUCGCGGACUUGUGUGUCCCCGCGGGCGGAGCGGCGGGGGGUGCCUCAGCAGCGACAGGUGGCGAUCAGGUGCAUUGCUUUCGGGCGUUGCCCCUGCCUACCGCCGUGGCGGACGCCGCCAGCUCCACCCGAGCGUCGCUUGGCCUGGCCCUAGGCCCCCCCGUGGCCCUGAACACCGCCGGUCGCGUGAUCGCCGCCGUCGUCGCGGCUUCGGCCGCUCCCAUCGGAGGGGGCGGUGCUGGCGGCCCAGCGGCUGGAGGCCUGGCGGGGCUCGCGGCGGCGCUCGGAGGAGGGGCCCUUCGGGCCGGAGAAGCACCUCCUGGUGGAGGUGCCGCCGGCGCCUUGGUGCCCGCCGCUGCGCCCGCGGCGGCCUUGCCUGGAGGCGCCCUUGCGCCGAUGGUCGGGACACCAGCGGCUGGUGCCCUUCAGGCAGCGGUCCCUGCUGCCGGCGCUGCCGCAGCCGCCGCCCCGCUGGCCACCUUGGCUGGGGCGCCCGGCGCUCCGUGCGUGGGCGCGGGCGGCCCAGCGAACGCUCUCGCAGCGGCCGCGGCAGCCCCAGGUGGGGACGCGAGGAUGCAGGUAGUCACCCUGGACCCACAGGGCGUUCACUACAUCGACUUCAGGGCUGCGGUGCUGCGCUUGCACGAGCUGCCGUGGGCCGACUGGCCCCUCAAGGGCCCUCGUACUCGGCUGUGGGUGCUGAAUUACAUAGGCCGCAAUGGAGGCACGCCCCUCGGGCGACAUCUGAAGUGGAAGGCCGAGGCGUACCUCGACGAGGAGGUCCCCGGCGUGGACGUGCAUUUCUUGUGCUGCAGGUUGCUCGAGUACGGCGUGGUGUACGAUCACGCUGCUGCGACGAACCUGGCCUCCAUGGAACUGGUCGGCCGUUCGCUGCAGACCCAGGAGCUCUACCGUGACAGGUUUGCACCGUCCUCCGAGCACGACAAUGACGCUGCCUUGUUGUCCGGCGUCCAGGACGCUGGCGGCAGCAUCUGCAUGGCCCCUGCGCUGCGCGACUGGCUGGCGGCCGAGAAGUCUCGUGAGGCGGCCAUCGCCAAUGAAAGGCGUAAGGCUCGGGAGGGGCGUGCGCUGGCUGCUGGGACUGGCGCUGCGGGAUCGGGCAGCGCCGACGGGCGCGGCGGCCGCGGCCGCGGCGGCCGAGGUCGCCAGCGCGACGUCUUCCCGCUGCCGGUCUCGUUGGCUGCAGCUCCACGCGGGGUGGGGCCUGUCAGCCGCCGCUCAGCUCGGCGCCGCGGUCUUCGUGCCCAUCGUGAAGAUCGCGUGCGGGCCGCCACCAAUGCGCUGAAUUCGCUCUAUGGCUUCGAGUCCUCGCCUACUGCUCCGGCGCGCGAAGGGCAGCGCCAAGCCAUCAUGCACAUCGAGAGCAGCAUCGAGGAGUUGGGCGCACCGCCGCCCGAGUUCACCGACAUUCGUGCUGCUCAAGACGGAGCCCUCCGAGAGCUCCUCUCCUGCGCCAACCUGUGCGGGUCUGGCGCCGCCUCGCCAUCUCCUUACGUCCGCGACCGUGUCGCAUGGCCCGCUGGUAGUGCUGCGCCCGUCGACUUGAUCGACCUUGUGCAGCCUCAGGACAGGGCGUGGCUGGAGGGAUGGCGGAGCCAUAUGCUCCGAGAUCAGCGCGCCGCCGAGGCCCUGGUGCAGUCGGCCUGCCCGCGGGGGCCCUACUGCGACCCGGGCCUGGUUCGUGACGCAAGUAUCUACGGCCAGUUUUUGAUACAGAUGUACCAGAGGCAGAUGGUCACCUUUGCGGCAGACAACGGCAUGCCGCACUCCGAGAUGGGCUUAAUCGACCUGGAUUUCGACCCGUCCACGCGCGUGACGCCCAUGGUGACCGUCCUCCCGAUGGGUUUCUCGUGGGCCCUGCGCUUCUGUCAGUCUGCAGCGCGCGCAGUCCUAGCUGCGAGCGGCCAUGAGAGGGCCAUGACUGCCCUGGACGGCCAGCCGGGCGUGGUGGUCACUGAUCCCGCGUCUGUUGGCGUCGGCGCCUACGUCGACAACAUCCUGGCCCUCGGCGCUGACAAGAGCGCGGUCGACCGGGUCAUGGGACAGCUCGUGGCCGCCUUUCGCGCCCGAGGGCUGCCAGCGCACGAGAUCGAGCCCGCCGCCCAGGACGCGGAGUUCUUGGGCCUCAGCCUGAAGCACGGGAGGUUCCGACGCAUCAAGCCGCGCAACAUCUGGCGGCUGCGCGCAGCGAUCUCAGGGCUCCUUCGUCGGGGCUGGUGCAGCGGCCACAUGGUGCGAGCAGUCUUGGGACACGUUACAUGGUCAUCUAUGAUUCGCCGCGAAGCCCUCGCUGUGCUCCACAGCGCCGACAGUUUCGAGGCGGCGCACGGCGAGAGACAGGGCAUAAUAUGGGCUUCAGCGGCAAAAGAGCUGGUCACCAUUCGGGAUUUGCUGCCCCUCCUGUCCUGCGACCUCGCCUCCGGCUGGCAUCGCGCGAUGACUGCCGGCGAUGCUUCGCCUUUCGGGCUCGGGGUUAUGCGGCGCCGCGCACCUCGCGCCGCCUGUGCCGCCAUGGGCCGUUGCUCAGAGAGGUGGAGGUUCAAAGUUGAGGGCGGGCACCAGGCGCGCAUUCGUUCAUUGCGAGAGGGCGGCCUAGACCAGCCCCGACCUGUGUCAGAAAAUGUUGACAUGGCUAACGUCCACUCUACCUCGGAGCGCUUGAAGCCAGAUGUCCAACAUGACAGCCCUGCAAGCCUCCAUGCAUCAUCGCCAUUUUCGGGUACUUUCGACGCCAGUCGUGAUCCACAAGGCCAGCACGGGGACCCAUGCGGGGAGCUCAUGGGCCAGCACGUGGACCCCUGCGAGGAGCUCAUGGGCCAGCACGAGGACCCCUGCGACUCCAUGGGCCAGCACGGGGACCCUUACGAGGAGCUCAUGGGAUUCAACGGGGUGCUCGCUCAGCCUCCCAGUGGCACUACGCGGGCUCAUCCUGAUGCAGUCUUGGGCGACCCCUGGGAGAUGGGCGAG